AUGGCGGAUUCUGCGGAAGCUGCGGAAGCUGCCUCCUCUCUCACGCUCAACUCAGAAGAGGAAGUGCAGUAUCCCGAAGGUGGACUCCAAGCAUGGCUUGUUGUAUUCGGCGGAUGGUGUGGAUUUUUCAGUUCUCUGGGAAUAACCAACACACUGGCGUCUUUCCAAACCUAUAUCUCAGAGAACCAGUUAGCUAGUUAUUCGACAGACCAGGUCGGCUGGAUCUUCUCUCUUUAUGCCUUCUUAACGUUCGGCUGCGGCAUCUAUAUAGGCCCUAUAUUUGACGUCUAUGGCCCUCGAUUGCUUGUUCUGCUGGGCAGCGUAUGCAUCAUCGUCUCUAUCUUUGUCCUUGGCGUGUGCACCCAAUACUGGCACUUCAUCCUUGACUUCAGCAUACUCGGCGGAUUUGGCACCUCCCUCCUCUUCACGCCCUCCAUUGCCGCCGUCGGGCACUGGUUCCACCGGCGCCGUGGAAAUGCAACUGGGAUUGCAGCUGCGGGCGGUGCCUUCGGCGGCAUCGUCUUCCCCCUGCUCCUCCAAUCCCUCAUCCCUAAGAUCGGCUUCGGCUGGGCUACGCGCAUAAUGGGUUUUAUUAUUCUCUUCCUCUGCGCCCUCGCCAACCUAUUCAUCCGCUCGCGCCUCCCCGUAUCCUCAAACCGCCGUUCCCCACAUCCUGAUUUCCGCAUUCUGGCCCAGCCCGCAUUCGCAUGGACCGUCGUUGGCGUCUUCCUCCUCGAAUGGGCGCUCUUCAUCCCCCUAACCUACAUCACCUCCUACGCCAUCUCCAAGCACUACUCCCAGGCCUUCUCCUACCAGGUCCUCCCGAUCCUCAACGCCGGGUCAGUCUUCGGCCGCUGGCUCCCCGGCUUCUACUCCGACAUCAUCGGACGCUACAACACCACGCUGCUCUUCACCAUCCUUACCAUUUUCUCCAUCUUCGUCAUCUGGCUCCCGUUCGGCGCCCACACUGCCGGCCUUGUCGUCUUCUGCCUCCUUUUCGGCUUUGCCUCGGGGAGCAACAUCAGUCUCACGCCGGUCUGCAUCGGACAGUUGUGCGAGACGCGCGACUACGGCCGCUAUUACGCCACCUGCUACACGAUCGUGUCUCUGGGCUGCCUAACAGGCGUCCCGAUCGCGGGGGCGAUUCUGGAGCGGUGCGGCGGCAGCUACUGGGGCUUAAUUGUGUGGACGGGAGCCUGCUAUGUGGGGGCGUUGGUGGCGCUGUAUGUGGCCCGCGGCUUGGCUGGUGGGUGGAAGCUGUGGCUUUGGUAUUAG